AGAAAUCAGUCCCGUACUCUGAGACAGUAAGAAUUUCGGUUCUCUUUCGUGAGUUGUGUUAUUUCUACUCAUUGCAAAAUAAUACCAAAUUUUAUUUUGUUGACAAAUUUUAUAAACAAGUGCACAAUUUUGUCUGUUUUACCUUUACGGCUCGUGUUCUUGACGAGAAUAACUGCAAAGUGUGUAUAAAAUUCUUAUGUGUUCAGCUGAUACCUUUCACAACACAAAGGAUAUACGGGACACUCCGUUGUUUUCUGUGCGCAUUUCACCAAAAGCCUGUCAACAUAUAUUUACAUACUGCUGAAUAUUUUGUAAUGCCAACGACAUCAAUCCCGUUAUAACCUUAGCAGUGAAGGUGGAGGUGUAUCGCGGUGAGUGGUAUGGGCGUGCGGUGAGGACCGGAGUGCUUCAACAAGAUGACGGAGGGCGAACGACAACAGAGCGCGGGCGGCACCAACGCCGCACCGCAGCACAGAAAAGGACACAGGAGGCAAGAGUCGAUGUACGCUAUGACAGGAUUAUACGCCGAGUCUACGUGCGCGGAGGGUGGCACAGACGACAGUGCAGGACCAAGCACGCCGCCACAUCCCUCGCACCCGCCUCGGGAGCCCGGCAAGUGUCACAGCCGAAAUCCUUCCGCUGGGAUAUGCGACAGAGACCGCGAACGGGAAAAGGAAAAGCCCCGUCAAUUGUUUCCAGAAAUUCUAGACAUUCCUCAUGACACAAGAGACUGCGGGAUCUUAUCGUGGAGACCGCUUUUUAUCCAGAGAUUUUCUAGUAUUAAAGUUUUUGUAUUUUUUCUUUCGUUUCUGGUAACAUUACAACAAGCUUUAAGCUCCGGAUACAUAAACUCUGUGAUCACUACAAUAGAAAAACGUUUUGAAAUUCCUUCGAGUCUCUCGGGUCUCAUCGCUAGCAGCUACGAAAUUGGAAACGUCAUCACCGUGAUCUUCGUCUCAUAUCUCGGCAGCAGAAGACAUAUACCAGUUUGGAUCGCAGUCGGUGCUGUAAUAAUGGGUAUUGGAUCAUUAGUAUUUGUCGUUCCCCAUUUCAUAGCCGAAGUGAACAGCGAAACACUAAUGAACAAUAAAUCGGAUGAUAACAUCUGUCGCUUGCCGAGAGCUUUGGACCAGGAUAUGGGCGGACUAGGCCGAUUGUCUCAAGGUCUCCCGCCGAGUAACUUGAGACCUGACAAUUGUAUUAAGAGUUCGCCGAGCACUUUCAUGCCGGUCAUGGUGUUUGUUGUGGCGCAAUUGCUCUUGGGAUGCGGCGGAUCUCCUCUCCUAACGCUCGGCACGACAUACGUCGACGACCACGUACGGCCGGAAUCGUCCAGCAUGUAUAUUGGAUGUAUGUACAGCAUGGCUGCUUUCGGUCCAGUUCUUGGCUUUUUACUUGGUGCCUAUCUUUUAUCUUUCCACAUGGACUCUUUCUCUGGCGCCAUCAUUUCUAUAGACCCCGGAGAUCAUCGAUGGGUAGGUAUGUGGUGGGGCGGCUUCUUACUUGGCGGUCUACUUCUAAUUUUGGUCGCCAUUCCAUUCUUUUCGUUCCCGAAAGUGCUUGUUCGAGAAAAGGAAAAGAUCCGACUUGUGGAAAAGGCAGCCGCCGCCAGUGGUUCUGGAAGUGUCAAACCACCGAAACCACAGUCUGAUAUCAAGGAUACCGGAUAUGGAAAAGAUAUUAAAGAUAUACCAGUGUCAAUGUGGCGUUUGCUGAAAAACCCCGUAUACGUAGUGACAUGCCUUGGCGCGUGCAUGGAGCUCAUGAUCGUGUCUGGUUUCGUAGUGUUUCUACCCAAGUACCUCGAAACACAGUUCAGUCUCGGCAAGAGCCAAGCUAGCGUAUUCACAGGAUCGAUUGCAAUACCGGGGGCGUGCAUCGGCAUAUUUAUGGGCGGUUGUUUACUGAAGCGGCUGGAGCUACGGCCCAAGGGCGCGGUACAAUUUGUUCUUAUCUCGAACACCAUAUGCCUCUCCUGCUACGCCUUGCUUUUCUUCCUCGGCUGCGACAACAUCAAAAUGGCAGGAACCACUAUACCAUACACUAACAACAGCAACUUGGAGCCGUUUAAAGUGAACUUGACUGCCGCGUGCAAUUUCAACUGCCUGUGCACGGAAACAGAUAUGGAGCCCGUAUGUGGGAACAACGGCCUUACAUACUUCUCGCCUUGUCACGCCGGCUGCGCGGCCUUCUCUUCGCGCUCCAAUUUUACUAACUGCGCUUGCGUCCACGAGAACAGCCGCGACAUGGGUGUAGGCAUGGGAGUGGGUGCUGUGGUGAACGGCGCGUCUGCGUCCGCGCUGACGGCGGGCGCGGCGCGCGAAUUCGGCAGCGAGGUGACCGUCGUGCCCGUCGCCACCGCCGGCGCCUGCAACCCGCCCUGCACCACCAUAUUCCCCUUCCUCGUGCUGCUCUUCUUCAUGACCUUCGUGGUCGCUGUCACACAGAUGCCGCUCCUCAUGAUCGUACUCAGAUCCGUGAGCGAGGAAGAACGCUCCUUUGCUUUGGGUAUGCAGUUCGUGAUAUUCCGUUUAUUCGGUUACAUUCCGGCUCCGAUAGUAUUCGGCAACCUGAUCGACUCGACGUGCCUUCUCUGGAAACAAUCGUGUAGUGGCGAAAAGGGAGGCCGCUGUUUGCUCUAUGACAUUGAACAAUUUAGAUACAGAUACGUCGGUUUAUGCGGCGGUAUAAAGAUCGUGGCACUAGGUAUCUUCCUAGCGGACUGGUGGUUGGUAAGACGUCGCAGGAACUUGGAAACUGUGCCACCACUCGAUCCUCACAAGGACAUUGCUGGAUCAAUAAUAAGUCUUGAUAAACUGUUUGAGGAACUGCCAUCUGCGGAUAACGCGAGCGGUUUCCGUUCGGGCGUAACAUCCGGACCGAGUUCUGCGAUCACAACGCCAAUGGAAGGCGGCGCGAUACCCGAGGUCAUCCAAGAACCGCACAGAGGCAAGCUGCAGCGCACUGAAUCUCAGUACUCGCAGGAGUCGCAGACCCGGGCGGGUGCCGGCAAGCCGCGCGUGCUGGUCGCGUCGCGCCACCUGCGCAACGACUCCAAGACCAUUCAGCUGGAGCCGCGCGGCCGCCAGCACUCGCUGGACGAGCCCGAGCGCGCGCGGCCGGCCCGCAGCGACUCGCGCGACUCCCGCGACUCGCGCGCCGACGCCUUCCCGCGCUCCGCCUCGCGCGACCUCCGCGCCCACUCGCGCAGCGGCUCGCGCGACUUCAAGGUCCACUCGCGGUCCGACUCGCGCGACCUCAGUCUCGAGCAGCUCAAGCACCUCGCCCUGAAGAGCAUGGAGAGCCUCGAUCUCACGGUGCUGCCGCUAACCAAGUGCGUCGACGAGGAGAGCAAGCGACUCAUAGAGAGCGGCGGUGUCCUCCGCCACCGACGGACGAGCUCGAAAGACUUGAAACCGCACGAGACGAAACAUAAGCGCACGUCGUCGCAUCACUUGACGAUGGAGCCGAACGAGUUAAGUCUGCAGAUUCAGAAAGGCCGCAGCGUGGAUCAACUGGCGACGGCGCCCCUGGAACCGCGCGUGUGACCGCGCACACGACCAGUCAGUGCGCGACGGUCGCGACCUGAAUCUCGAUUAGUGGUCGGACGACGCAGACACUCUAUUGUGGUCGCUAUUUGAUAUUGCGACUGAGUGAGAUAAUAAUUUAGUGAAAUUUAUUAAACUUAAGUUCAGAUAGGACUCGUUUUAAAUCUAGACAUAGAUAAAUGAGUGAUUUCAAAUCAUAUCUUAGUGUCGCAGCUUAUUAAACUCGAAAUUUUGCUUAUUGCGAUCCUCGGUGGGUAACUUUAAAGUCUUGCAAAAUUUGAUUUGGUUUAGUAAAAAAGUCAAUUGGAAAAAUAUUGCCUUCAUGUAUCGAUACUCGAAUAACAAGUGCAUCCUAUGGCUCUAGUUUUAAACUUAGCCAAUGCGAACUUGCUAAAUUAUUCUUAUAUGCACUAAAUAUGUAAAUUCUAAAAUGCCUCACCAUAGGGUGUCUAUUUAGAAAUGUUAAUACAUAUUUUAUUUUUAUGUAUGUACUUAAUAUGUAUUUACUGAAAGAGUAAUAAUACAACUUAAAUAAAUGUAUAUACAUUCCGAAAGUAAAAAAAAAAUGAAAAAAUUAAGUGGUUUAAUAUAUAGUGGAAACAUUAUAUUGUGAAUCUACAAAAAUGUCUCUUGUGUUUGAAUUAUUUACAUAUUAAGUACAUGUUCAUGUAAGGGAACAAGCCCCUGUAUUGCCCUAUCUAACUACACAAUAUACAAGCACUAUAUUUAAUAUAUAUAAAAUGAAAGAACUGGUUCUUUCUUUUAUAACACACUACUGAAUGCCCGUUCAAAUUUAGGUAGGUAGUGAGAAAAUUUUUAUUCUCUCAGUUGUAAACUGUGAAUGAAUUUCACCAUACAAUCACGGUCACCAGUGCGCUAAUCUAAAUCAUAUGAUAGGAUAGAAUUACAAAUGCAUGGCAAGCAAUACUCUGCACACCACUAAGUAUUGAAAAUCUGCGCCUUGUACAAACA